GACUGCUAAUUGCCUAUUGCUGGAUCCAUUCUAGUCAUCUUCACGUCUCCUCCCCAUUGCACGUCAUUGCCUCCUGCUUUCAGCGAGCUCGUCGGUUUUUGCGGAUCCCCUCUACCAGAGAAUAGCAGCUGACGUGGAAGUGGUGUUCCUUCGUCAAGCCGUUGUGCCCUAGCGUUUCACUUUUCGGACCCGGAUUUAGUUUUCAGGCAGCUUAUGGCGUCACGUCCUCAGAAUGUCGGCAUCCUCGCUAUGGAGCUCUACGUCCCACCCAGCUUCGUCUCCCAGACGGAGUUGGAGCAGCACGACGGCGUGAGUGCCGGCAAGUACACCAUCGGGUUGGGGCAAGACGAGCUCGGCUUCUGCUGCGACCAGGAGGAUGUGAUCUCCAUAAGCCUGACAGUGGUGCAGCGUCUGCUGGAAAAGAACAGCAUUGACGCGUCCCGCAUCGGGCGGCUGGAGGUGGGCACGGAGACGGUGAUCGACAAGAGCAAGUCCAUCAAGACGGCCAUCAUGACGCUCUUCGAGGCCAGCGGCAACGCUGACGUGGAGGGCGUUGAUUCGUGCAACGCGUGCUACGGCGGCACGGCGGCCCUGCUGAAUAGCAUCAACUGGGUGGAGGGGUCGUCAUGGGAUGGCCGCUUCGCCAUCGUUGUUGCUGUUGACAGCGCCGUGUAUGCCGAGGGCCCAGCGCGCCCCACGGGCGGAGCAGGGGCCGUGGCGAUGCUGGUGGGGGCGGACGCCCCUCUGGCGCUCGAAAGCGGGCUGGCAGGCAGCUAUGCUGCUCACGCCUACGACUUCUACAAGCCCAAGCUCGCCAGCGAAUACCCUGUGGUGGACGGCAAGCUGUCUCAGACGUGCUACACCAAGGCGCUAGACCACUGCUACCAACGCUUCUGUGAAAAGUAUGCCAAGAAGCAUGGCUCUGCGUUCUCACUGGCUGACUGUGAAUCCGUGGUCUUCCACUCCCCAUACAACAAGCUGGUGCAGAAGAGCCUGGCACGGCUGGUGUUCAACGAUGUGAAGCGAGGAGUGAGCAGCUCAUACCUAGGUGCGGGGGAGGCAGACUCACUGCAGCCGUUUGUGGAGCUGGCAGAGGAGAAGAGCCUCGUGGACAGGGACCUGGAGAAGACGGCCAUGCGGGUGGCAGGGCCAGUGUACAGCAGCAAGGUGGGCCCCACCACCAUGGUGGGCAAGCGAGUGGGCAACAUGUACUGUGCAUCGCUCUAUGGCAGCCUGGCGUCACUGCUGGCGCAGCAAGGGCAGCAGCUGGAGGGCCGCCGCAUUGUGCUCUUCUCGUACGGCUCGGGCCUCAUGUCAACGCUCUUCUCCCUCUCCGUGCGCGCGGCUCCCGAUCCCUUCUCCCUCGCCACGCUCACUGCCCACCUCGACGUGCACCAACUGCUGGAAUCACGAACCAAGGUAGCUCCCGAGGAGUUCGUAAAGACGAUGCAUCUGAUGGAGUCGCGGUAUGGUGCUUGCUCCUUCACCCCGGCCACCCCUACCGACCGCCUGCAACCCGGAACCUACUACCUCACGCAAGUGGAUGACCUGUACCGGCGCUCGUACGCGCGUAAAGCUACUGAGGUUGAUGGAGCUGAUGUUAAUGGAGCAGCUGAGGCUGCUACAAACGGGGUUGUAGUGUAAUGGGCGUGGAAUGCGAGCUACACUUGAGGUCCAAGGAAGUGCAGUUUGCAUUUGCUCGAGGGGUUAGUACCGUAUUGUGGUGUGGAUGGAUGUCCUCCAGUUGAGGUGGUUACGGUAUUAGCACUAAUGGAUGUAGUAGUUGUGUUGCAUUGCUUAGGUUAAAAGCAGGUGAACUGCACUUCGUUGGACCUUAUAUUCGCUUGUUAUCCUUCUUCCAGUAGUAUCAUUUCAAGGAUUUUAUCACUAAUUCACCAU